GACACGUGUGUUUUUUUUGUUAUUUAGUACCAAAUAUGGGGAAACAAGUUUUCGUUACGGUUGGAACUACAGAAUUUAAUUUACUUAUUAAAACUGUUUCUAACGUGGAUAUUUUAUUAACGUUAAAAGAAUUAGGUUUUACAAAAGUAAUUUUCCAAAUUGGAAAAGGUUCAUUUACACCAUCAACAGAAUUGAAUAUAGAUGGCAUUAGUGUGGAAUAUUAUCGGUAUAAGGAUUCAAUCCAGGAAGAUAUUCUGGAAUCCGAUUUAAUAAUAAGUCAUGCUGGAGCUGGUACUUGUUUAGAAGUGUUACAAGCAGGAAAAACAUUUUUAGCUGUUAUUAAUGAAGAAUUAAUGGAUAAUCAUCAAUUAGAACUUGCAGAAGAGUUCCAUAAGCUUGGUUAUUUACAUUAUUGUACUUGUGAUAAACUUUACGAAACGUUAAAAACAAUUAAUUCCAGAAAAUUAAAACCAUAUCCCAAAGGAAACAAAGAUAAAUUCGUAAAAUUUUUAAAUGAAUAUAUGGGUGUUUAAAAAAGCCACUCAAAUACGGAAGCCUGAAUGUCUCAGUAGCUUUUUUUUAAAAAGUGUCUACCCACAAAUAUAAAACCAACUAGUUCACUUUCAACAAGUGCUUGUGGGACAUUAUGGAAACAAACCUUUUUGAAAAUGUCAGUCGGUAAUGACUAUUCUUUAAUUAGCCGCUACCGAAACUGUCUGGAAUCA